AUGGCAGCUAAGUUCUUGGUUCUGUGCGGAUUAGUGGCGGUCGCGUCCGCCGGCCUGGUGCCCGUGGGCCAGGUGGCGUACGCGCAGCCCGAAGCGCCCGCCAACUACGAAUUCCAGUACUCCGUGCAGGACGGACACACCGGAGACGUGAAGCAGCAGCAGGAAGCGCGCGCCGGAGACGCCGUGCACGGCUCAUACUCUCUGGUGCAGCCCGAUGGCGUGCAGCGCAUCGUGGACUACACCGCCGACGCGGUGCACGGCUUCAACGCCAACGUGCGCUACGAAGGACACCCCGUCGCCGCCCCCGCUCCCGCUAGGCUCGCCUACGCCGCGCCUGCCGCCAGGGUGGCCUACUCCUCGCCCGUGUCCUACGCCGCGCCUGUCGCCAGAGUGGCCUACUCCUCUCCCGUGUCCUACGCCGCACCUGUCGCGAGAGUGGCCUACGCCGCUCCCGUCGCAAGAUUCUUGGUUCUGUGCGGAUUAGUGGCGGUCGCUUCCGCCGGCCUGGUGCCCGUGGGCCAGGUGGCGUACGCGCAGCCCGAAGCGCCCGCCAACUACGAGUUCCAGUACUCCGUGCAGGACGGACACACCGGAGACGUGAAGCAGCAGCAGGAAGCGCGCGCCGGAGACGCCGUGCACGGCUCAUACUCUCUGGUGCAGCCCGAUGGCGUGCAGCGCAUCGUGGACUACACCGCCGACGCGGUGCACGGCUUCAACGCCAACGUGCGCUACGAAGGACACCCCGUCGCCGCCCCCGCUCCCGCUAGGCUCGCCUACGCCGCGCCCGCCGCCAGAGUGGCCUACUCCUCGCCCGUGUCCUACGCCGCGCCUGUCGCCAGAGUGGCCUACUCCUCUCCCGUGUCCUACGCCGCACCCGUCGCGAGAGUGGCCUACGCCGCUCCCGUCGCAAGAGUGGCCUACUCCUCGGCUCCAGCUCUCGGCCACGUCUCAUACUCCUCACCUGUCAUCUCCUACAGCCACUAG